AUGGAGGCUGUAUUAUCUGGAGGACCAUGGUUUGUGAAUGGUCAAAUUAUUGGAAUGGAGAAAUGGACACCAGAAUUUUCACCUUUGUCCUUGAAAGGUUUGACUUCUCCAAUCUGGGUUAGAAUGCCCCAUCUACCUCUCCAUUGCUGGGAUGAGAAAAACAUUGCAAGAAUUGCUUCUAUGAUUGGCAAGCCACUCAUGAUGGAUGGGAAUAUGUUCCAAUGGGGAAGGAGGGAGUUUACAAGGGUUUGUCUGAGAAUUAAGAUUGAUCAAAGCCUUCCAUUAGGUGUUUGGGUGGAAAGCUUAUCGGGAAGGUUCUUUCAAAAGGUUGAAUAUGAGAAAAUUCCUUCACUUUGUUUCCAAUGUGAAUUGAUUGGGAACACCAAAGAUGACUGUAUCAAGAAUAAUUUGGUCCAGGAUAAUGUGAAGAUGUCUAAUAAGGAGGAUGGCUUGGUCUCUGAUGGGGAGAAGAAGAGUGAGGAAGUUGUGGCACCGGCUUAUGGACCUUGGAUCCAUGUUAACCAUAAGAGGAAUAGAAGGAUAGCUCAUAGAACUAAUCUCCCAAAACAAACUAUUAAGUUUGUCAGAAAGGUUGAUUUGCUCCAGAUUAAUAGGGAUGCUGAGAAGUCUAAUGCCCAGAAGGUUUUAUCUGUUCUAGGAAAUGGGAUCAUGAAUGUGGAAAUUGCUGAUGAAAAUCAAUUAGAAGAAGGAGAGUUCUUAAGGGAGCAAAUUCUGGAAGACAACUUACAGAAGGAUAUGAAUGUGAAGAUCAUUGCUAUGGAGGCUGCUGAUGUUCAGAAGACCAGAGAUUAUCUGGGUAAUAAACUCAACUCUGAUUUCUCUUUUCUAUCUACUGACAACAACAAAUUUGAAGUUCUGGGAAUGGUAGAUGAAAUCAUUACAAAAGAUAAUAUUCAGGAGGAAAGUGGUUUAUUUGAGAAGAGUUUGAAUAUUAACUCUUAG